ACGCACAUUGUUCUUGAUUAGUUCAGUGAAGUCAGCCAUGGCUUCCGGGAUCGCCAGCAUGUCGUCGUCUCUUGCGGUGCUCCUCCUCGGCGUGCUGCUGCUCUCCCGCGGCGGCGUCGGCAACGCGGCGCGGCACCUGGCGGAGGCCGAGUACCCACCGGUGCCGCCUAAUGUCCCGGCGCCUCUGCCCAAGCCAGACGUGCCGCCGCCGUUGCCCGCACCGGAGGUGCUGCCGAAGUCGGGGCUGCCACCGCUGCCCACACCUGAGGAGCAGCCCAAGCCAGACCUGCCGCCGUUGCCCACACCGGACGUGUUGCCAACGCCGCCGUUGCCCGCACCAGACGUGCUGCCGAAGCCGCAGCUGCCCACGCCUGACGAGCAGCCCAAGCCGGAGCUGCCGCCGUUGCCCAAACCCGAGGUGCCACCGACGGUGCCGGAGGUGCCCAAACCUGACGUGGAACCGAAGCCAGAGCUGCCACCCGUGCCCAAGGGUGACCUUCCACCGAAGCCGGAGCUGCCGCCGCCGUUGCCAACAGGUGAGAUCCCACCAAAGCCGGUUUCGCCGCCUCUUCCUACAGGCGAGCUUCCGCCCAAGCCGGAGCCCGAGCUGCUGCCCAAGACAGACGAGCCACCGAAGCCAGAGCUGCCGCCACUUCCGACCGGUGAGCUUCCACCGAAGCCGGACGACGAGCUGCCACCCAAGGCAGAGGAGCCCCCGAAGCCGGAGCUGCCGCCAUUUCCGACCGGUGACCUUCCACCAAAGCCGGACGUCGAGCUGCCACGGAAGCCAGACCUGCCGCCGCUCCCUACCGGUGAGCUUCCAUCGACGGCGCAGCCGCCGCUGCCGAAUCCCGCGGAACCAAAACCAUGAUCACUCAACCACCGACGAAUCCAUGCAUGGUCCUCGAUAUGUUUGACAGUUUGAGUCCUGUGUCCAUGAUGAGCUACCGUGGCAUGCUGACAUCCGUGAUUUGUUUGUACCACGUACCUGCUGAGCUAUUGGGAGUGUUUGAGAUUGUAUGCAUACAUAUAUAUUAAUAAAGUGGAUUUCGUGUGUGUGUAUA